AUGGCCAAACAGUCUCUUCUCCUCGCCAUCCUAUUCGUGGCCUGUAUGCUGGAGGCCAACUCCAAAAUAGCUGCGGCUACGACAGCGUACGACGUUCUGCAGCAGAACAACUUGCCGCAGGGCCUGUUACCGCUUGGCGUCAAGUCAUACGUGCUUCGCUCAGGCGGCUCUUUGUGUGCGAACCUCGGUAGGGAGUGCAACUUCCUGGUCAUGGUUGGUGGCAUGCAGUUCAAGUUCCGGUACGCCAGCAGAGCCAGCGGGGUCAUCAAGUCCGGGUCCAUCAGUGGCGUGAAUGGCGUGCGCCUACAGGUGGAGUUCGCGUGGCUAGGGGUCAGCCAAGUUUGUCGCGCUGGUAACCAGAUCACUAUCCAGCUGGAGAAGUCCUCGCAGUCUUUCCCUGUCAGCGCUUUUUCACAGAGCCCUUGCUGCACCUGCACCUGA